UUUUUUUUUUUUUUUUUUAAAUCUUCGUGGCUCCAUAAAAAUCAGAAAGAAAAAAGUUUCCUUUUUUAUAUCUUUCUCUCACUUCUCCUCGGAGGCACACUAUUGUCCGUGAGAUCAGAGAUUUAACCCUCUUUCGAUUUUGCGCUGAAACUUUCUUCAAAUCUGAGCUGAGAUCUCUAUCUAUCACAAGAGAGGAGAAGAAAUGAGCAUCACUAAUGAGGAAGCUAUCAAGCAAUUACGUGCUUUAAUGGAAGACGUUGAUGAUUCACUGAGAGAGUCGUAUCGGAACAUUCAUCAAGGGUAUACAAAAGAGAAUUUGCAACGCUUUCUUAAGGCGAGGGAUUGGAAUGUCCAGAAAGCUCACAAAAUGCUGAUCGAGUGCUUAGAAUGGAGGACUCAAAACGAGAUUGACAAGAUACUAACAAAACCCAUUGUUCCUGUUGACCUGUACAGAGCAGUCAGAGACACACAACUUGUCGGUGUAUCUGGUUACUCCAAAGAGGGUCUCCCUGUCAUUGCCAUUGGUGUGGGGCUUAGCACAUAUGACAAAGCCUCAGUCCAUUACUAUGUACAGUCUCAUAUUCAAAUGAAUGAGUACCGUGAUCGUGUAAUAUUGCCAUCUGCCUCAAAGAAACAGGGACGACCAAUCUGCACUUGUUUGAAAAUUUUGGAUAUGUCUGGUUUAAAGCUUUCUGCUUUAAGUCAAAUUAAGUUGAUGACUGCUAUAACCACAAUAGAUGAUUUAAACUAUCCAGAGAAGACUGAGACAUAUUAUAUUGUCAAUGUCCCGUACAUAUUUUCUGCUUGUUGGAAAACCAUAAAGCCUCUGUUGCAAGAGAGAACAAAGAAGAAGAUUCAAGUGCUGAAAGGCUGCGGGAAAGAUGAGUUGCUAAAGAUAAUGGACUAUGAGUCUCUCCCACAUUUCUGCAGAAGAGAAGGGUCUGGUUCUGGUAGGCAUAUCUCAAACGGAACAUCGGACAACUGUUUCUCUUUGGAUAACUCUUUCCACCAAGAACUUUACGAGUAUGUCAAGCAACAGGCUCUGGUUAAAGGGACAGGUGCACCGAUAAGACAUGGUUCAGUCCACGUAAUGUUCCCUGAGCCAGACUGCGAAGGCAACAAGAUCUUCGAUACCUUAGAAAAUGAGUUUCAGAAGCUUGGGAAUGACCAGAAGAAGAUCUGAUUGCUCUCGGCCUUAUAACACGAGUUGCCCAUAAAAGAUGAUCGAAAACCGGAAUUUGUCUCUGGUUGAUGAGCAGUAUUUAAGAAAAGAAUCACCUUUACUUGUAUUACUAGAUUUGCUUGCAUCAGCUGGAUGCAGGUUUUGUUUUUAAAAAGAUGAAACACAACUUCCUCGGAUGGAUCUUCUGAUCUGAUAAAUAUAUAUAUAGUACUCAUUUCUAUUUAUUUA